GCAAACAAAUGAAACACAGGAUUUACUGUAUGGGAAAUUUUAUACUCCACUAUCUUAUCAGGAAAUAAAUCCGAAUUCUCUUUUGUCCUCCAAUGGAAGACUCCCCUAAGCAGCCUCUUCUUUCACCUUGUGAACCCCAAAUCACCGCACAAACUUCUGCAUCUUCUUUUGUUGCUGAUAUUCCCCCUAUCACUGGAAUCCAAGAUUUCUUCAGAGAGUUUUUUGUUGAAUCUAAGAAAUUAUGGUACCUUGCUGGUCCAGCUAUUUUCACCUCCCUUUGUCGCUACUCUCUUGGUGCUGUCACUCAAACAUUUGCUGGACAUCUUGGAACUCUUGAGCUUGCUGCUGUUUCUGUUGAAAACUCUGUCAUCGCCGGUUUCUCUUUUGGUAUCAUGUUGGGAAUGGGAAGUGCGUUAGAAACACUAUGUGGACAAGCAUUUGGAGCAGGACAAAUUGACAUGCUAGGAGUAUACAUGCAAAGAUCAUGGGUUAUUCUUAAUACAACGGCAGUAAUUCUAAUGUUAUUGUACAUUUUUGCGGCGCCAUUUCUAAGAUUGAUCGGACAAACAGAGGACAUAUCACGGGAAGCAGGGAAAAUGGCUUUAUAUAUGAUUCCUCAGCUUUAUGCAUAUGCCAUGAAUUUUCCAAUCGCCAAGUUCUUGCAGGCACAGAGCAAGAUUAUGGUCAUGGCAUGGAUUGCAGCAAUAUCUUUGGUUCUGCAUACUUUUUUUAGCUGGUUAUUUAUGCUAAAACUUGGGUGGGGACUCGUUGGCGCCGCCGUGGUACUAAACUCAUCGUGGUGGUUCAUAGUGGUGGCGCAGCUGCUGUACAUAUUUAGUGGGACUUGUGGACAAGCUUGGUCAGGUUUCUCAUGGAAGGCUUUCCAUAAUCUUUGGGGUUUUGUUAAGUUAUCUCUUGCAUCAGCUGUGAUGCUAUGCCUGGAAACUUGGUACUUUAUGGCAUUGGUCCUCUUUGCUGGUUACUUAAAGAACGCAGAAAUCGCUGUUGAUGCCUUGUCCAUUUGGUGAGUGCCGGAUUACUCAUUUGACGCUUGUUGUCUGGCCAUAAUAAGAAGUUUUGACUCUUUAAGGGGCCGUUUGGUAUAAGGGAUAAGUAAAAAUAGUGUUGGGAUAAAAAUUUAAUACCAUCUUAUACCUUGCUUGGUAACCUAAUCUGGAUAAGUUAUCCGGAGAUUAAAAUAAGUACCGGGAUAACUUAUAACUUAUAGGGGAUGAGAUAAUUAAUGCUGGGAUUAUUAUCCUAGGACAAAAUAGUGAAAUUCAAACAAUAGCCCUAAGGUCCUCAAACCCUUUUUCUACGUCAUUCACAAAAAACUGGUGGAUCUUGGUUGAA